AUGCGCGACUUCAUAGACUACCUCCAAGAGGCCUUCAUCACAGCCAGCGGAGGUAACACAUAUGACAACAGCUACUCCAACCUCGACCUCACAUCCCGCUCCCUGCUGCAUUUUCCCACGCCCACGGGCAGCAGGAUAACCCUGUCGUCCUUCGUGCGGCCCAAGUUCGGCACCUCCUACAGCAUAGGCAUUAAGGACGGCUGGGUCUCGUACCUCUACUCCACCCUCCCCACUGACACCACCACCAGCUCCGACCGCAUCCCGCUGCCCAACCUCCUGCGCAGCUAUCGCUCCCUGUCCACCACCGCCGCCCACCAUGCGGUUGGCCAUGGCCUCGUCUACGGCCGCCUGUACCUACCUCAAAGCAGGCUGGAGGCCCUGCUCGCCACGCGCGUCACCCGCCAGGUCAACCUGACCAUCCGCGCCGUCAGCCAGGAGACCCUUCGGCACGGUGGCACGGCGCUAGCCCUGGCUUCAUGGGAUGAUCCCGCGGGGCGCUUUGGCGUGGAAACCCUCGCUUCGUCAGACGGGGGCGUGUUGGGCUUACGGGGGCUCUGGAACGCGACGAAUCCGCCGGGUCCGGCGCCGGCAUCUAUCAGCGGCACGGAAUCGUUCUCUGGAGCGGCGGCAGCAGCAUCAUCACAACCGAGCACAGCCAUCCCCAUCACGGCAACACACUCACCCUCCUCGGACACCACCAAUAACAACAACAACAACCACGCCGACAAGGAGCGCAUCAACGGGCGCUUCAGCGUCGGCGGCGAGAUCUACUACGGCCUGCUCAACAAGUCGGGCGGGCUCAGCCUGGGCGGGCGGUUCCAGACGCUGCCGACGCACACGGGGACGCCGCUGACUGCGGCGCUGACAUUCAACCUGCUGGGCCACUUCAGCGCCACCUACGCCGUCAUGGCCGGCCGCGGCUGCACGCUCGCCAGCCAGUUCGGCUUCAACGUCUACAGCUACGAGAGCGAGUGGGCCGUCGGCGUCGAGCUGUGGCGGGCCGGGCGGUCGAGGAGGGGAGGGGCGCCGCCGUCGGGCGGAUCUGCCUCUGGGCAAGGCGGUGACGGGCGCGUGGUAUCGGCGGAUGCGCCGAUCGAGGGUGCCUUGAGAGACGCUGCUCCGCCGCAAGAGGCGGAGGCGGUCCUCGCUGCCAGGACAGGGCUGGACCAGGAAGUCGAUCCAAGCCUCGCCGAGGCGAUGCACACGAGGAACGCAAACAACAACCAGAUCAAGGCGGCCGCGGCGACCUCAACGACAGACGCGGUGCCAAUGGCGAAACAAGCCACAAAUCAGCGAAGCUUCCAGGCGAAGCUGGAGUGGCGGCUUGACGGCGACGAUGAUAGAAGUACAGCAACAGUUGUCUACGAUCCCUCCACGGGGGCCAAGCUCGCCGCCACAGGCCUGGAAGAACUGUCAGCGUUUGGGGAGGGCGAGUGGGACAACAGCGACGCGGAAGACUCCCCCGCCGGCGUGGUCAAGUGCCGCUGCGACCAGCAUAUGCGGGUCGGGCUCAUGUACGAGGGCCGGUACAAGUCUCUGCUGUUCAGCCUGGGCACGGACAUCGACCUGCGGAGGCUGGACGCGCCGUUCCAGGGCGUCGGGCUGGCCGUGCAGUUCUCUUCGUGA